AAUGGCAUCGUACGUUCGAUAGAAGCAAGAGCGCACGGUCUUUCGUUUCGUUGCCGGAUGCGAUCGCGCGCGAGCAUCCAUGUGACAAGGACAGGGAUAGAAAGAGACAAAGAGAGAAUCAUCGAAGCACGCCGAGUCAGCUGCGUCGAGAGGCGCGCGCGCGCGCGCUUGCGUGCGUGUGUGCGCGACACGAGUGAAGUUAGGUUAUGCAAUUGUUUGGUACGAUCGCUCGCGCGCGGCCGCGUUUGAUGCCAACGCUCGAUGCUAUGUGAUUUAUCCGCGACGGUUCGAAUCGUGUGCGUGUGUGUGCCAGUGAACGAACAUCCGCGCAACGUGCGCGAUCAGAAUGCGCGACGGCGUACGUUGGACUGUACGACGAUCGUGUUGCGUGAAAAACGAAUUUCGCGCGUGUCAACCGGCGCAUCGGCUAGACGACGCUCGGUAGUGCGGAAACGACUCUGAUAAAUUCCGGAAUGUUUCUCGCGAACAAGCGCGUUCACGGUAGUAUUAGCUUCGAAAUAACGAGAUUCGGAUCAUCGAUCGCGGAGUGCUCGAUCUCGGAGUAACAAGGGACAAAAGAAAGAGAGAGAGAGAGAGAGAGAAAGCGACAUGGAGAGGAAACACGCGAGAAGAGAACGGGACAGCGCGAUGAGAAAAAAGAUAGAUUCCGGAGAAAGGUGAAGAGACGGACUCGUCGUAGUUCCUCGCGCGCGCGGCGAACUUGAAGCUGCAUCUCGUGCGAGUGCGCGCAGGAGGAACUCGGCCGAACGUUGGAACCCGCUCUAUUUCCCUCUCUUUCUUCGCUACCGUCUUCCACGAUCAUUCGUUCCUUCUCGCUCCCGACCUCUCUCCUUCUUCGCGCGCGCGCACGCCCUCUCCCCUCUCCUCUCCCAACCAGCCGUUCGCCGCCGUAUGUUUCCUUCUCAUUUUGUCCGAUAGAGGGCGUCUCUCUUCCGCGGUGCCGUUUCACGACCUCUCGCUCCCACCCGCUCUCUUUUCUUCUCUUUCUCCGGACAAGCGGCAGCACGCUGCCCUCGCUCAACUACCUGUUGUGACGUCCAGCGCUCUCGACGCAACCGAACAAAUCCGUCAGAGUAAAUAUCUAGCGUCGCGUCGGUGUUUACUCAGUGUGUUUCCUUCAUCUAACGACGAUCAUUGGACGCGUCGAUAACAUCGAGAACGUCGAGAAGAUUUUCGUGCGUCGAAAAGCGCAGAGCAACGCGACUGAAUUCACGGUGAACCCUGAUUGUGCGAAGCCGCGAAAGGCUCGUGUGUGUCGCGGUGGUCCCCAUCCCUCCCUCUUUCUUACGCCAGCAUCUCCGUGACGAGAGCAAUACACGCGAGGGGAAGCGAGAAACGGAGAACGAGUGAACGAGAGAGGGACAACACGCGCGUCCGUGAGAUGAAGUGAGAGAGAGCGAACGGGAGAAAGGACUCGAGCGGGCUCUUAUCGAGAAGUUAGUCGCGCGCGGCGAACCUUCCGUCCCACCGUCGUCAAAUCUUCUGUUGCGCGCGUUGUCGAGAGUGACAGUUUGUGAACCCGAUAUUUCGAGCGGACUCUGGCGCAACGUCGGACUCCAAGUGACGUGUAUUACACGUGCGUAUAUGUAAUAUAUAUAUAUCAUAAACAUUUCGCGUGAAAAUAUAAAUACGGCAAAAUUCGAGCGCGCACAUCCGAAUUGAAUAUAGCGCUUCUCUACGUUAACGCGACGCUACGAAUACAGCCGUGAAUGUAGCCGCGCGAAUGUAACUGCUUGAUCGAGGAGCGCGGAACGCGAUAAUCGUAUUCGGAGUUUCGAAAUAAUACCGGAGGAAGGAGAGCACACUGAAGCACAACAGAGUUCGGUGAGCGGGCCGUGCGACGACGCGCGCACUAUCGCGCGCGCGGUCACGUGGAUCACGAACAAAAGGCGGAACGCGCCGCGUUCAUUGACGAGUCGCGUCGACGCCGCGCGCCGGUGGCAUCAUCGCGUCACGAUACGCGUAUCGCGCGGGAGAGUUCGCGAGUGUGUACGUGUGUGCGGUAGCUCUGAAAUCUCUCCGUCGUAACCGUUACAUUCGUCACGCCGAUGUAAGGGUAUCUCUUUCUCAUCGUAAUAUUUACUUUGGCAGCAAGUGCGUCGUUCUUUCAAAAGGAGUCUCGGCGAAGAGCAUCGAUCUUGACCGCGGUCAAGUCCGGGUUGCGCCCCGUGUGCGCGGUUAAUACGCGGGCCAGAUGCUUCCCUGCCGGAAGUCAGGCACGAUCGUCGACACGCCAGCGGAUUGGAGAAUGCUAGGCACGCAGACAGCGGUGCAGCCGGUGGUAGAGGACGACGAGGUCGCGCGGCCGGCAUCGCGCGUUAUCAACGACCACCUCGGUGGCUUUAAUUGAGAACUGGCUUAUCCUGCGGUAGAUUUAGGGGGCUGUAUGGAGGCCGGGGGGCUCCUGUCCCGUCAGCCCCCGCAAGGCCCCCCCGGCACCAUCUCCGUGUGCGCGGGCCAGGGCCCGAACGGGCACACCGGUAACGUACCCGGCGCCGGCAACGUCCUCAGCCAAUCUGCGAUCCACGAGUUGAACGCCGGUCAGUUAGGCUUAAGCAGCCAACAGCAGUUGCAUCUUCAGCAACAGCAGCAGCAACAAAUGGGCCAAGCACCCGGUAUGGGUGAGGUGCUCACCCCGAAGAGGCAGGCGGUCGUGGACCGUUUGCGACGCAGAAUCGAGAGUUAUCGCCGCAGACAGACCGACUGCAUCCCCAGGUUCGAUCAGAGCUUCAACGGAUUGUGCGAGCAGAAUACAUAUGACACCCAGGUGCUGAAGCAACGUUUCCUAGAGAGCAAGGCAAAGCGGCAGGCUAAGAAGACGGACAAGAAGCAGAACGACUCGGUCGGACUCUCCAACGUUCACAUGCAGCAGAAAUACCUCAAGAGGACGGCCGAGGAUUUGGAGCCUGCCGGUGCUGGUAGCGGCGAUGCCGGUUUCGGCGAGCCGCCGGUCAAGCUGCAAUGCACGCAGGGUCAACAUCAGCAUCAGCAGGCCCAGGGCGGCGGUGGUGGCGGUGGGCCUCAUCACGGCCACGGCCAGCAUCAGCCGGGGAACGGCGCGAAUUCGACGGGCCAAACGCCCGGCGGCGGGGGCGGUACUGGUGGCAGUGACGGGAACGAGGGUCUUACCAAGUUUCAGGUACAGAUCGUUCAGCAGCUGGAGUUCACGACCUCUGCGGCGAAUAACUCGCAGGCGCAGGCGAUCUCGACGAACGUAACGGUGAAAGCGUUGACGAAUGCGUCGGUCAAAAGCGAUCUCCUGAACGCGUCUUCCUCGCCGAAACCUGGUCCAGAUACCUCUUCGUCUGCUACGUCCAGGCCGCAAGCCGGAAAUGGCAACGGUCCUGGCGGUCCCGGGCCCGGUGCGGGUGGCGGGCCUGUUCCCGGUGGCGCCGGCGGUAGCGGCGGAAUCGGUUGCGUCGACAUCGGGAACCUGGUUGAAUGCAAGCAGGAACCCGAUAACGAAUUCGUGGAUCUGGAACAGUGCGCCGCCGCGCUGGAGAAGGAUGCCGCGGCAAACGGUGCCGGCUUUCCCGGUUUCUCCGAGUUUAUGGGCGACGAUACCGGCGACGAGAUUAUCACGUCGGACGCUUUCAAGGAUCUUAUCUCCGAGAUAUCGGAUUUCCAUCCGGAAUUUAUGAAGGACUUUGAUUUCGAGGACAAGAGCGUUGACACGUUGGCGAACAACGCCGUGGCGGCGGCUGCCGUUGCCGCGGCGGCCGCUGCUGCUGCCAACAACAAUAAUAAUAAUAACAACAACAACAACAACGGGCUCCCGACGAAUAACGGACAAAUCAAGAUCGAGGAUGACAAGGACGCGAUGCAUCCGCAGCAGCAGCAGCACCCGAACAAUGCGAACAACGUCAAUAGUAACAACGUCGGUAAUAAUAACGGCAACGCUAUGCCGGCUAACUCGAGCCCAGGCGCUCUUGGUUCCUCGCAAUACUCACCCGCACGACUUCCUUAUUCCGGGCUGGAUUUCAAAUCGGAGAUGAGCCCCGCGGCCCAGACGCUCAAGCAGAUGGCCGAGCAGCAUCAGCACAAGAGUCAACAAAUGGGGCUGGGCGGAUUCAAUCCAACGGCGGCCGCAGCGGCUGCAGCGGCGCGGGGUCCAACUGCGAGGUCCCCGUACGCCGAGUUUACUCAGUUUGGUGGCGCGUCCGAUUACCUUGGCAGUCCCGGAAGCACGGGACCAACUGGCGGACAGUCUCAGGCCACGGCUACCGCAACCGGCUCGUAUCACAAGAACAAUGGUACGCCGACCUUCGGGAACCAGCAAACGAACGACAUGUUCGUCGGCUCGCAGACGCAAUUUGCCGCGGCGGGCCUGACGGACAUGAAGAGGCCUCAGCCGGCUACGACGGGCGGCAAGCCCAGCAUGCUUGGACCCAGUGGUUACAAGCAACAAUACUCGCCGUACGGUAGCCCGGGCUCGAUGCCGAAUCACGGCAGUCCGGGAUAUCCGUUGCCACCCAGAGGAUCCCAAGGUGGCGGACCGAAUCAGACUGGCUCGCAAGGACCCUUCAACACAAACUCCACACCACCGAGACCUCCUUCUGGACCCGGUACUUCCACCCUGCAGAUUAAUCAAGCGCAGCAACUGCACAUCGGUAAUCAGAUACAAGUGUCAGCCGGCCAACAUAUGCAGCUCACGGGCGAUCUGAAGCCGGUCGUGUCCGUCGCGGCGCAGCAGGGCAUGUACUUUAAUCAACAACAGACGCAGAAUCAGGCCGGCCCUUCGGCCAACCAGACCGACACUUAUUGUUCGGUCUCGCAGUCGCAGACCAUCAACUUCACCCAGCAGAGUCUGAGGCAGAGAGCGGCCGCGGCUGCGGCCGCUGGUGGGGUUCCGCAACCUGGGGCUCCUGGUCCGGGAGCGCGAGGCCAUCCGCAGCAGGUAUCACCGGCCCAGGUCGAUCAGCAUCAGCACGCGAAACUUCUUCAGCAGCAGCAGCAACUGAUGCGCGCGCAACAGGUGAUACAACAGCAGCAACAACAGCACAUGGCAGGCGGAAUGGGAGCUGUUGUAAGGCCGCCACCGCCCGAAUACAAGGCUGCGGCACAAGCACAGAUGAUGCAUGCUAGUAUCGGAAUGGGUCAGCAAGCGAGGUUCGCGAAUGCCGGACCCAUGCGUAGAGUUACGCAACAACCUAUGCCACCGUCAGGUCCGAUGAUGAGGCCGCAAAUGGCACAACAGCAGCAACAGCAGGCGUUACACGCGGCCGGCGGUAAUAUGUACAUGAGUGGUGGCGGGAUGGCCGCUAUCGGCGGUAUGCAUCAGAUGCACCAACGGCUAGGCUAUCCGAGAACUAACAAUCAACGGCCGCCCAACGUUAGCGUCGGCCCUCCGGACGGCCUUGGGAACAGCAUCGCGGGUCGUGCCCCUCAGCAAGAAUGGGGACGACACGUUCUAAUGCAGCAACAGCAGCAGGGCUUUCAAGCGCAGAUGCGAUCGCAAUUCAAUCAGCAAGGUCACCAAGGUGGCUUUGGCAUGGGUGGCGCAGGCGGCUCAAUGCAAAUGACCGCGGCGCAGAUGCAGCAUCAGCAGCAGUUAAUCCGUUCGCAAAACGGUAAUAUAGCCGGCUCGGGAAUGGCUAACAGCACGCAGAUGCAACAAUUGUUAUCGCAACAGCACCAACAACAAACGCUAGCCAUGCAGCAGAACAACAACCAAAUGUCAUUGCAGAUGCAGAUGUCGCAGACAAGUUCCGUUAAUUCGGUAAACGUUACUGGAACUGGUUCUCCGUUGCAUCCACAUCAGCAAUACGGCGCGGGUAGCCCGGGAGUGCGGAGCCUGCCACCACCGCAGCAACACCCUCAACCGCCACCGCCUACCGCUACUACGGAUCCGUCCGUGGCGGCCGCUGACUUUAGCCUCGAAUUCCUGGAAAAUCUUCCUACGGGAGACACGUCGAAUUUCAGCGCUCAAGAAUUGCUUAAUUCUCUUGAUUCUACGGCCGGUUUCAAUCUCGAUAUUCUAUAAUGAGAUCAUUACGUCUGCUGUGUGGUCGGUAUGUCAGCCGGUAUGUCGAUUUAUUACAAUGGGACGCGGUCAUACAUCAAGGAUAAAAUAUAUACUUGGCGUGACAAUACCGACAAAUUUUACUUUGUCUGUCCGCGUAUUGAUCUGCCUCCCACCGUACUUGUCCUCACUAUGUUACAAAAGUUGAUUUUUUGUAUGCAUAUUAAAAGUCAAAGAAUUUUAUUCAUUACAUUUUUCUUUGGCAUAUAAAAAUUUAAUUCUGAAUUAAAAAGGAACAGUCUGAAACGUGUCUAAUUCAAUCAAACGUACGAGUUUUAUGAAAUAUGAUGUAUAAAUAAUAAUUAUGUAAUAGAAAAAUUUGCUGACUUCCGACCUCGCGACAAAGGAACGGGCACAAGUUGGUGACGCACGUGAAUAUCGUUUAUUGCAAGUUCGUUUGUAUUUGACGACUGAGUGACAGUUACCUAUCGGUGCGACAGCGUUCCACAACCGGUCGUAGUGCAUUCUUGGUCGCCGUUUUCGCGGUCACCGACUUAUUCUUCUAGGCAAUCACAUUUUAGUAAAAUUUAAUUUUGUAAUAAUAACCGCCGAGGGAGGCGAGGAAGUUAAUUCAACGGAGAUAUGGUAGCGUGGGAUAUCAAGAGAUACGUGGAAAUCGUUCUAUAUCUCUCGUUUUCUUAUUUAGCAACAAUUGCGCGCUUGGAGAAAAACGCGAGAACCCGCGAUUCCUACCUUUUCAAGUUCGCCUAUGGCUAUACCGAGAACGAUCGAUAAAUUUUCUCGAGUGCUCGCGUCGACGACACUUACGGUGACUUCGACGGGCAUUCCACAAGACGAUUCUCCUCUCCCUUGAUCUUUCACGUCGAAAUCCGCGCAAUUAGAUAGAGAUAUUGAUACGAUUAGAGUUUACUUGGUUGAACGUAUUCGACCGCAAAAAUUGGUUACCUUGCGCCAGCUUGUCGAUACAAUAAAAAAUGAGAAAAUUUCCUGCUAAAUCGCAUUGCUAACAUUAAUGCAAUAUCUUCAAAAAAAGAAAUCUUUAUUGUACAUAGAUAAUAAAAACUAAAGAAAUUCGAAAUGUUAUAUAAAAUCGUACAGCUUAGCCGAGUAUAUAAAAAUAAAAACUUAUAAUAGAUCAUUAUUAUGAUGAGGUGAUAGAGAUUAUCAAUAACGACGAUGGUAAUAUGGAUGGUAAUAUGGUGAUGCAAAUGGAACGAAGGAAGAUUAGUUGCAGAUUUCUUUUCUCUCUUGUAACAUUGAACUACAUUGACAUUAUUAAUAAUUCCGCAUACAAAUGAUUUGAAGCACGAAUUUCAAUUGAUUUGGUACCCGUUUUCGAUGCGAUAACUAUUCGUAUUUUCUCAAAUGCAAUCAUUUCUUGGAACUUUGCUCGGAACUAAUUGUAUGUUGAAACGAGUAUAUUUACUUUCUAUCUCACCAUGAUUAUUUGCAACUUAGAUAUAAUGCGAUAUUGCACACGUUCGGGAUUAAAAUUUAAUAAAUAUAUUUAUCGAUUGGCAAAUGUGCUCUAUAUAUAUGCUGAUACAUUCAUUUUUGUUUUCUUUUACUAUGCUUCUUUAAAUUUCUCGUUCAUGGUGUAUUAAUUUACAUCAUAUAAUCACUAUUAUUUUAUAUAUCAUAUAAGUAUAUAUAAUAUAUAUAUACUACAAGUUUCUUAUUUUUAUAUAUUUGAUUAAACUAUGCGAUCUUAAAGUUUCGAAUUUCUUUAGUUUUCAAUAUCUAUGUACAAUAAAGAUUUUCUUUUUAAAAAUAUUGCAUUAAUGUUAGCAAUACGCUAACAGGAAAUUUGUUUAUUCUUUUUUAUUCAUCAAAAUCUUAUGCUUUAUUUCAAAUUUUUAAAUGAUCAUGAAUAAUAUCGCAAACAAAUCAAUUGAAAUUCGUGCUGCAAAUUGUAUGCAGAAUUGUUAAUAAUGUUAUAAUGUAGUUCAAUGCUAUAAGAAAGAAAAGGAAUCUAUGACUAAUCUUCUAAAUAGCGAUACAUUCCAUAAAUAAAAAAAAAAAGGAUAGCGAUCUGUGGUUCGUCUAAUCAAAAGUACCAUUUUUAAAGGCAAAAAGCCCAAGAUAAAACUACUAAUAUUGUAUUAUAAGAGAAGCAGAGAUAUAUUGAAUCCCAUGCUUAAAUGUAUGUAUGUAUGUAUAUGUACACACACACACACACAUGCAUACAUAUAUAUACAUACAUAUAUAUCCGCAAAAAACACAUCCUCGAUUGUUCGCCGAAAGCGUGCACGAAGACUUCCUGCCUUUCUCUCCUUCUUUGCUUGUGCGAAACGUACAAAAUGAUAAACAAAGAUCAAUAUAAUGUUGACGAUUUUGGUCAAUCUUACUAUUUUUAAGAUAUUGAGAGUUAGUACAUCUCUAUUCCUCCUCAUCCUUUCGUUACCUUUUAUUUUUUUGUAUUAUUUUGCUACGACCUCAAUAUUUUCCAAGACUAUAGCAUUGAAUUAAUUUUGUUUCGGUCGAUUAUGAAUUUUCGUUGGAUAACACAAUAUAUAGUAUACAUACGAUUAAUAAGACAAUUUUUUUUUUUAGAGAAGUUUAUAUCCAAGUGAAAACAUAUUUUUGUAGGAACCCAAUGCUUUUAUUAUUAAAAACGAUUUGACAUGGAAUUUAUUCUAUAUACGAAAUGUCCGUACUUUUUAUAUGAUGUUUCUUUUAUAAAUAUUUAUAAAUAAUACAAAUAUAUAUGCGCUCCAAUCAUGAUUACCAUCGAGAAAUUAAUACGUCGCAUUAAUUUCCUUUGCCGCGAUUAUUAUUAUUAUUAUUAUUAUUAUUAUUACUAUUAUUAUUAUAUUAUUUGGUGCGGGGUUUAACUUUUAGCGAAAUAUAAUCGGAAGUCUUUAUGUACACUUUCAGCAAACAAUCAAGGAUGUACGUUUUGUAUGUAUCAAUAAGUUUUUUAUGUAUGGAUACAUAUGUAUAUACAUGUAUCAUAUGCAAAAAACACAUCGUUGAUUGUCCGCCGAAAGUGUACACGAAGACUUUCGAUUGGAUUUUAUUGUCGCGACUCGUCGCUAAAAAUUAAUGACAAGUCUCGCAUCAAGUGGAUCAAGAUAUUAUAAUAAUAAUUAUUUUAAAUUCUCAUUUGGGCAGGAUAUUCUAUUGUUUUGUAAAAUAUUGGGGCCACAUCAAUAUAAUUUAAGGAAAUAAUAGAGAACGAAGGAUUGGAAAGGCAAAAAUAAUACUCUAAUUCUAAUUAUCUUUAAAUGGGAAGAUCGACGAAAAUCACCACCAACAUAUUAAUGUUUGUUUAUCAUAUUGUACUUUUCGCACAAACGAGGAAGGGAGGAAAAGCAGAAAGGCAAAAUUGCGCAUUGUUAUAGGAAAAAGAGCAUCAGGGACCAACCAAGAGAGCAAAAAUACUUGAUGUCGAUUGUCACAGUGGAUCGUUGUCUCUCUCUUUUCGAGCAUAAAUUAAUAGCAGUGCCUAAAAAAUUGAUUCAUUUGUUAUCGAGUUGUUAGAAAAUUAACAUACGGUAUAAGGAUACGCUCAAAGUCUGUACGGGAAUUCAUAUGCACGAACAGGAUGCAUAGACAGGAAUCGCUGAGAAAUUGUUGAGAAAUUUUGAUAUUAAUGCGCCGUAUUAAUUUCGAGAGUAAUCAUGAUUAGGGAGCGCAUAUAUUCAUAUUAUUUAUAAAUAUCUACAAAAGGAACAUAUAAAAAAUAUGAACAUUUCAUAUAUCGAAUAAAUUUCAUGUUGAAUUGUUAUUAAUCAUAAAAGCGCGCUUUGAGUUCCUACGAAAAUAUCUCUUUAUUUGGACAUAUACAUUUUUAAAGACAAAUCGUCUUAUUAAUCAUACUAUGUAUUGUGUUGUCCAACGAAAAUUCAUAAUCGGUUGAAACAAAAUUAAUUUAAUCCGCGCGUGCGUUUACAUAAAUAUAUAUAAUAUAUUAUUGCAUAUUAUUAUUUCUUUUUUUUUCUCAUAACUUGAAAAUCUUUGAACGAAGACCGGCUGCCUCUCGCGUCUCGAUCUGUGUUACGAUCCUAUACUAGGUCGAGUAGCAGCCUAACGUUGCUGCUCGUGGGUGGGCCUCGCGGCAGGAGGAUCAAUAUCACCGUGAGGGAGAGGAAACGAGCCGACUGAGAAUGGGAGCAAGGGGAUAGGAACCGCCGCCGCGAUGAGGGAUAAGGAUUACAAGGGCGGCGGCGGCGGCGACGCCAGGGGGAGGAAGAAGGAGGAAAGGGAAAUAGCGAAGGGUAUGCGAGAAUCGCGUAUCCUGAAAAUGUCAAUUCGCCGUUCCGCGGCUCUUCAUGAAAUUACGAUCGUGAUAAAGGUUGGUCCGCGUGACGACCUCGUUCGAUUUACAGCGCUCGCACCCCGCUGUUAUUCUCAUCCCCACGGCUCCGAGACGCGCGAAAACGUAUCUUGAAACGUGUUUCGUUGUUGUUAUCGUCGUCCUGAAACGAAUUUCAUUAAUUUUCACGUUCACGAGGUCGUCACAUCUAUGCCUCACCUCAUUCUGCGUUUAAUCGCAUUACGCGCUUCGAAAAUAUCGUUCCGGAUUCCCGUUUAUAAUAUUUUAAUGAUUUCGGCAAAAUGCGUCGAAAAAUCAUUCCCAGCGGAUAUUUCCGGAAAUCAUUAGCAUCGUCAUUUAGGAUUGCCUGGUAUAGCCGUAUUUCUGAGCCGGUCGUAUUCGCGGCUCGUCGUUUCGCACGAGGUGCGCUUUCAUCGAUCCAAUGCGCAAGCAGAACAACGAUCCACUGGCCGACAUCGCACGUUUCCUCGUAACAAUUCUCCAACAAUGAUGAUGGCCGAGUCGCUCGUGAAAAUAUAUUGUGAAACGUGAUAUCAAUUAGCGCGUUGACCUUUCGCGAUAUAACGGUGCGCGAGGCAAUAUAUACGAGGGAUGCUCGUAAUGUCGUGAAAUCUUCAUUCUCGAUAACGAGUAUUUAUAUGAACGUGGUAUAAUAUAUUAAAAUUAUGCUGUAGUUGCAUUCUGAGAACAAACAAUUUAUAAUAACUUUGGACGUUGUAAUAUUCGUCUUUUUUCUGAACAUCGGGAGCAAUGUUUUCACACGUUUUUCCACAACCUUUCCUUCCCUCGCGGUCUUCUUUUCUCGCAAAAAAAAAAAAAAAAAAGAAAUGUUGAAGAAAGAAA